AUGCUCGAGCCCAUCGUGUUCUACGACAUCCCAAGCAACUCGAAGAAUGUCGCUUGGUCUCCCAACACCUGGAAAACACGUUACACCUUGAACGUCAAGGGACUCCCCUAUAAGACCGUAUGGGUUGAGUACCCCGACAUCGCGCGGUUGUGCGACAAGCUCGGCCCAGACGCGACUUGGGUCGGUCGCAGUGGAAUCCCGAUCGGCACGCUCCCCAUCAUCUACGACCCCAACACGAGGCGCAUCGUCCCCGAAUCGGCCGCCAUCGCGCGAUACCUGGACAGGACGUACCCAGACACCCCGGCGGUCAUCCCGCGCGAGACCGAGGUCCUCGUGAAAGCGUUCCAGUCCGCGGUGUAUGCGGCGUUCGCGGACGGCUUUGGACGGCUCAUCGUCCCCGCGGCGCAUCGCGUGCUGCGGGCGGCCAGCCAGCCGUUCUUCCGGAGCACGCGCGAGGAGGACUACAAGGCGACGCUGGAGGAGCUCGCGCCGGAGGGCAGCGCGCAGCGCGAGGAGUACUGGAAGCAAAUCGAGCAGGGUUUCAGGCAGAUCGAGGUGUGGUACGAGGCGGACGGGUCGAGCAGGUUGCUGGUCAUGGGCGACGAGCGCGGGGUGUCGUUUGCGGACUUCAUCGUCGCGGGUUGGUGCGUGUGGUGCCGCGAGUGCUUCGGCGAGGGAUCGGAGGAAUGGGGCAGGAUAAAGCAGUGGAACGGGGGGAGAUGGGCGAAAUUGCUGGCAAAGAUGGAGCAGUACUCAUUUGUUGACCAGGGAGAGGAUUUGCAGCUUUGA